AUGAAACCGUUGUUGUCGCACGUGGCGGAAUUGGAGGUAAGGGCAAUGCUUGUUUUAAAAGCAGCAUCUUUCAGGCACCACGCGUUGCAGAAAAAGGGGAACGGGGAAGAACGCGAAAUAAGCCUCGAAGUCAAACUCAUCGCUGAUAUCGGGUUGGUCGGCUAUCCGAACGCCGGUAAAUCGACACUGCUGGCGCGAACCUCUGCCGCGACUCCGAAAAUCGCCGCCUAUCCGUUCACCACACUCCGUCCGAAUUUAGGGGUUGUCCGCAUCAAUCGGGAGCAGAAUUUCGUCCUCGCCGACAUCCCUGGGUUGAUAGAAGGCGCCACAAAGCAAGCGUACCGCUCCUUACAAUACCUUGAAACGCGCGCCCGAAAGGAAGCGGAGACGACGAUUGUCUUUGAGCAGGAACUUCCAUCAGAGCCGCGCCCACGGUUUGAACUUGCUGAGACACAGGACGGGUUUGUUGUCAGCGGUGAAGAACCUCGCCGCGCUGUCCUCAUGACCCACAUGGAAAACGAGCAAGCACUGAUUCUACUGUACCGGAAGUUGAAAAAGAUGGGAGUGAUUAACGCACUGGAACGCGCAGGUGCAGUGGAAGGAGACACCAUCCAGAUUGAUGAAUUUGAGUUCACCUAUAGCCCACGAUCAAUACAAUCCCGCUGA